AUGUAUAAUUAAAAGAGAAUAAAAAUUUAUAUUUACAGUUAUUGUCCAGAUGAUUUGAUUGGAUCAGGAUACUAUAUUUAAGUAUUUAAAGUCAAGAAUGAUGUAAAUGGAGAUAUUGUUGCAAUAAAAGUAUGGAAAUAUUGUAAAUCAAGGUUUAUGAUCACUCAAGGGUGUAGCAUUAAAUAGAAAAAUAUAAAUUUCUAUAAGAAAUCGCAGCAUUAUAAGUCUUAGAUUCACUUAACAUUUUUAAAAUGCAUUUUUACAGUCAUAAUACAUAUUUUACAUAUAUUGUAACUGAAUACUGUAAUUAGGGUAUUAGAUAUUUUUAAUUCUAUAUAGGUGAUUUAGAAAAUAUGAUUAUGAUAAGAGGGUAUAUUUCUGAGAAUGAGGCAAUCUUAAUAUGUUAUUAGAUUUUGACAGGAUUAAAAGACCAAAUCUCAAAGGGAGUCAUUCAUAGAGAUCUAAAACCAUCAAAUAUUUUGAUAUAAAAAGGUAUUUAUAAGAUUGCCAAUUAUGGACAUUCAAGGAUGAUUUAUUCUCAAAACCAAUAAGUAUAAUAUAAUGUUGGUACAACUCUAUAUAAUUAAACUUAAACAUUGACUUAAAACAAAUAUUCAGUAAAGAAUGAUAUUUGGAAUUUUGGAGUAUUAUUUUAUAAAAUUCUGACUGAUAAUGUCAAUAAUAUUAUCUUAGGAAAGUUACCUUGGUAGGCGGAUAGAGAAUAAGAAUUUUUUUAAUUUUUCACAAAAAAUCCUAUUCAAUUUUCUGAUAACAUAAUAAUUUCAUCAGCAGCUAAAGAUCUUAUUAAUAAAUGUUUAUAAUUAGAUGAGAAUAAAAGAUAUAAUUUUAAUUAAUUAUUUGAACAUGAUCUAUUUAAAUGUUUUUAAAUUAAAACUCCUAAAAAAAUAGAUUUAAAUGUUAAUCAACAAUUCUCAAUUAGGAAAUUAAAUAAACAGAGCAAAUACUAGUUGUACUUAAGAACUUUAGUAUCAAUCAAUCUAAAGAUUCUAAAGUAGAAAUAAUUAAAAAGAGAUUAGAUAAGAAUUCAUGAAUUAUGGAGAUGCUGUUUAUAAUAUACUAAAUUUACAUAAAUUGAAAUUAAGGAUUUAGAAAAUUAUUGA